CUGAUUACCUUCAUACCGGGCCGUAUAAAAGCAGGAGGAAACCCUAGCAAGAGCCUCUCGUCAGUCAAUCAUCACUCAGAUUAGUCCCGGGCAGCGGAGGAGGUCCUCGCUCCACCAUCAGCAGCGCCGCCGCCGCCGAGCAGACGAGCAUCAACCAUGACGUUCAAGCGCAGGAACGGGGGCCGCAACAAGCACGGCCGCGGCCACGUCAAGUUCAUCCGCUGCUCCAACUGCGGCAAGUGCUGCCCCAAGGACAAGGCGAUCAAGAGGUUUCUGGUGAGGAACAUCGUCGAGCAAGCUGCCGUUAGGGAUGUCCAGGAGGCCUGCGUCUACGAGAGCUACACUCUUCCCAAGCUGUAUGCCAAGAUGCAGUAUUGCGUGUCCUGCGCGAUUCACUCGCACGUGGUGAGGGUCCGUUCCCGCACCAACAGGAGGAACCGCCAGCCUCCGCCGCGCUACAUCAGGCGCCGGGAUGAUGCGCCAAAGCCUGGACAGCCUGGACAGCCUGGUCAGGGACCUCGUGUUGGAGGUCCGCCUCCUCGUACUUGAAGAGCCAAAUUCAUCUCAUGUCUUUAAGAGGCUUCCUCCGGAGUUAUCUGGAUGGAUUUUGAUGUUUCAUAGCUGUUGAAUUUUGGGGAUUUUUAAGGAGUGACAUGUUUUUCCUAGUUACAUACAUGGUCAUUUGAUCUCUAUUUGCUUGAUUUAGCGGAUUGAAAAGCCCUAGAAGCUUUCCCUUUGUCCUUUCUAUGUCCAAUUUCUUUCAAUAUUCAAAGGUGCUGAAUUCCUCACUAGCGCUUGAUACA